UUAAGUUAAUACGGGUUAAUUCAACUUUCGGUUUUGGAAAGACUUGUGUAGUAUAUUGAAAAUAUUUUACACAUUUUAAGACAUUUAAUGAAUAAAUAUGACAAAUUAUAUAUUGUCAUUUCUAGUUCUCUGUCUAAGUUUAGAGAUGAUAUUUUAUAUACAAAAACUGGAGACGUUACAGCUAGAGUACCGCUAUCUGCUAUCUGCUGAUGUACAUGACCUGAAAGAGAGUUGUUCAAGGGAAAAUUGCCAAGGGCCAACGGAAACAACAUGUGUCAAUGAUAAAACAUCUAGUAACAGUCGACCUAUCGUUAAUGCAUUCUCUGUCAGUGACCCAAGAUCUGUGUCUCCAGCAGAAUCUCUAAAUAAACUACAGAACUAUUCUAAAGUUCAUUUCAACGAAGGAACGGAUUUUAACGCGGAAACAGGGAUAUUUUCUUGUACUAAACCAGGGGUGUAUUAUUUCACUGCCUCUCUCAUCAAAAAGCGUGCAUAUGAUAAUACCGAAAAAGUUGAUCUGGUACAUUGUAUUAUUUACAAAAACACAGUAACCAUGCUGGAAUUACGUGUUGAUCCUACCGACGGCCCUAAAGUUGACGUUGAUAAUAUCUCUGCAGAUAUUGGAAGUACGGCUGUGACUAACUCGAUGGUUGUAAGACUUCAAAAAGGCGACACAGUCUAUCUAGGGGAUUGUGACAACCCACUAACAUCUCUGGAGUCUUGGUCUUCUUUCUCAGGAUUCUUGUUAUACCCAGAUGUCGGAAGCAUUUAACCGUUAAGAUAUGCAUAUUGUCAGUUUACGCCGUUUACAGAUAUGUGUUUAUCAUUUAAACUUAUAACGACAAUAGUCAGCGAUUUCGAAUGUGUUUUUGCGACAGUAUUGGGGUUUGCAGUAAGGGAAUCAUGCGUUUUUUUUGCUAUCAUCUUGCUAUAUUAUCAUUUUAUAUAAGCUUACCGCUCCUUGAAUAUUAUUAACAGAAGGCACAUAUGUGUUACUACAUGAUCACAGAUGAUUAAUUGUCACACCCUUAAGUAAUCAACGUGAAUAGAGCAUCUAGCGAUGCACCUUUGGGAGUUUAGGCUAUAUUACGUUUUUCUUCUACUGCAUCUGGGGUAACUGUUUCUUUUUGUCUUAUAGAUGCCCUCGGUUAUCUUAUAUAAAGUGAAUAGGAAAUAUCUUGCAUAAACAGACACUCCCCAAAAACCCUGACUGUCCUCUGGGGGAAGAUCCAAUGGUUUAUGAGCUACAUUGCGAUUACUUAAAAAAAGAAAUCUCAUCAUCAGCAUGUAAAAUGGCCACCCUGAAAAUUGGCACAUUUGUACGUCCGACCGUCUCUGUGUCUGUUUUUGCGAAAAUGAUAUUGCAUUUUGUUGCUUUUAAUCAUAGUCUGUUGUCGGUCCUGAUUCAUGAGUAAAAUACGUAGUAUUAGUUUUUUUAUUAUAAAUAUUAUAUGCUUUGUUUUUAUAAUCGAAAAGUAAAAGUCAUGUCUGAGAUCAUAAUAAGAGCCAUCACGCAC